AUGACUGUGAUUAGAGGAUGUAAAUAGGAGCAUGGUGGAGGGGAGAUUAAGCUGGAGCUGGAAUUCUCAGGACAAUGUCAGUAGCUGGCUCUGACUGAGAGGGAAAAAUGGAUGAGCGAUACACCUCUAAAUUAUCCCCUGCUGUUGAUUACAGUGCUGGCUUUUUCUUGCUGGUGGUGGCCAUCCUGUCCAUUUUGGGGAACGCUGCUGUGCUGAUUACAUCUACUCGACGCUAUGGUCUCCUGAAAGCUCCAGAGCUGCUCACUCUCAAUUUGGCUGUGACAGACAUCGGCAUGGCACUUAGCAUGUAUCCGCUGUCCAUUGCCUCAGCCUUCAACCAUGCCUGGAUCGGAGGUGAUCCAUCCUGCCUGUACUACGGACUGAUGGGAAUGAUCUUCAGUGUGGCUAGUAUCAUGACACUGGCUGUCAUGGGCAUGGUGAGAUACCUGGUGACAGGAAAUACUCGCAAAACAGGUAACAAGUUUCAAAAAAGAACCAUAAAUAUUCUGAUUACACUCAUCUGGCUGUACUCACUGCUGUGGGCAAUGUUUCCCUUGCUGGGUUGGGGGGGUUAUGGACCAGAGCCAUUUGGCUUGGCUUGCUCUGUGGACUGGGCUGGCUACCAGCACUCCUUGAAUGGUUCUACAUUCAUUAUGGCUCUGGCCAUUUUGUGCACCAUUAUCCCUUGUGGAGUCAUCUUAUUCUCCUAUUCUGGCAUUGCCUGGAAGCUCCACAAGGCCUACCAGACCAUCCAGAGCCAUGACAUGCUGCCCAACACUGGGGGUGUUGAAAGGAAAGUCACGCUAAUGGCCAUUCUAAUCAGCUCUGGCUUCGUUGUCUCCUGGACACCCUAUGUGGCCAUCAGCCUCUGGACUAUGUUUCACUCUGAGGGGAAGGACAGUGUGGCACCUAUUGUCAGCAUGCUGCCCUGCCUGUUUGCCAAAUGCUCCACAGCAUACAAUCCCUUCAUCUACUACAUCUUCUGCAAGUCUUUCCGCCGGGAGCUGAGGCAGCUCUGGAGCUGUUGUGGGUGCCAGCACUCAGUGGCUGAGCUUCCUUAUGCAGAAGAGGAGCACAAUCAGUGGAAGAUCUCAGUCAUGCUCAAAAGUCCAAGAGAACAGAGAAGUCAAUGCCCUUCUCCAGGGGUCUGUCAGACCACUUCUUAAGGCAAGCAGGAUGACCAGGCGACAAGUUUAUGUUAGUCCUGGAACAGCUCUCCAGACUGUACACGGACAAUGAUCUCUAAGAAGUUUCAGGCACUCAUCCACACAGUAGCCUUCUGGCCUUAAACUGUAAACUAGCAGCACUAACCUCUCGUACAAAAUUGUGACAAGACUCCGUCUCAAUAACAUUAGGCGAACGCUGUCUUAUCAGAAUGAAUAACUCUUGAGAGAAUAUGCAGAUUAAUAUAAUACUGUGGGGGAAAACGCCUGUCCACCUAAAAUCCGUAUGCCAUAAGUUGUGAAAUUGUGAGUAAGGCCCCAGGAAAGCUCUAUUUACAGCUCAGAUCUGCAGAGAAGAGUAAUAGGUAGCAAUGAAUCUAUGUAGUUGGUGAUGGAUGGUGAUAAAAUGUGCAUUUUAUUCAAUUCUGUUGUAGUAUUCUUCAUUUUGGCUGCUUGCUUUUGACUAAGAGCACAAAUCUUAUCUAAUUAAUUAAGGUGUUAAUGUAAAGCAGUCAAAUUUGACCAGUUUAAAAAAUCGAAGAGCACUGAAGGAGGAGAGAGCAGCAUCACCCUGAAAACAAGAGAGUACUGGAAAGGAAAAUUGCUGGGAAAAGUCUCCAUUAUCAUAUGAUCAUAUGAAGAGUGAGGGUGGUAAUAUACUUCUAGCUAAUCAAAACACAGGAAGGUAAAUUACUACUAGCAAAUCAGAGCACAGAAGGCCAUAUACUACCAAUUAAAUGCCAGAGGGAAAAUUCUAGUAGCCAAGUCAUAUUACAAUUUCCCAUAUUGGAAUAUAAUAAUGAGAUAAUGUUUUCAUUAUUUCUAGGCUACAUUUUGAUUCAUUUCCAUGAAUGUUUGUGAGAAUGUUUGUACCUGAAUGC